ACUGCUUUAAGACUGAAAAAAAAGUAUGUUUGAGUAUUUUGUACACAAUGAGAUUGAACUGUGAUGGUGAUUUACCGGUUAAAUCAAUUACUAAACAUUCACUAAGACUCAAUUGGUUAUAUGUUUUUUGUAAAAUCCUUUUUUUUUUACCACCUUGCCUCACCAAGUGACUACAGACAAAAUAAAAUAAAAGUGGAAACAUACAUAACCUUGAAACAAAACUAUCCAUGUGAUCACUUCAAGAAAGUUGUAAAUCAACUUGGUUAUUCAGCUUAAACGUGUUGUCUGUAUUUUGUAUUGAUGAUAAUAUCAUCCUCAGAUAGAAAGCACUUUAUUCCUUCUUGCAUUAAUAGUGCUAGUAUUUCCUAUUUCUGGUUUAAGAUUUCCGUUAUAAAUAUUCUAACUACCUUUGUUGCUACAGUAUAUAUUACUAUUAAUUACUGUAUUUGGAAACCCGAACUUUUCAAAGAGAGAGACAGAAGCAAGGAGACUAAUUGAUUUGAGUCAAGAAUAUGUAAAAAUGAAAAACCAUAUAUUUACCAUCAGACUCUUGGUACCAAAUUUUAUCUCAAGUUUAUACAUACAUAUACAUACGUUAAGCCCCCUUCCUAACUGUUUUUUUACCAAGGGGACUCUCAGGGGGCGUCUGUUCAAGUAUGGUAUUAUUGUUAUAAAAAAAUUGUAUUAACUCCACGUAAAAAUCCAACAACAUGGGUUUUUACUACAUUUUUUAUUCACCUAGUAAAAAUGCCAACAUUAGCUGAGUCGUAUCCAGUUGCUGCACCAAAACCAUCUAGCAAACCGAAAUUGUUCGUUCAUGAGACCGAUUUAACUGUUACUCCUGAAAAAACGACCAAAGUGGUAAAUGAAGGUAAAACAAAGAACAGAAAGAAGCAUUGUGAUGCUAAGAAGAAAGUUAUGUUUAAAGAGAAUAAAGUAAAAGAUAUGUUUUUGGAACCAUGCCCAUUAUCAAAUCCGUCUCUUCACACGACGAAUUUACUAACGCGCGAAAUAGAAGAAAACCGAAACCGAAACUUCGACGUGGCAAAGGCACUACAGGAAAUCCAAUUAUCCGAAUCGGUGCAAAAUACAAUUGGUGAAGAAGUUACUACUGUUUUAAAUUACAAACCCACUGAUCGGAAAUAUAAAAAUCUGACUUCGUUAAAUGUAGAAGCCGAUGAUGUGAUAAUUCCCAAGACCAGAACUUUGUAUAAAGAAAAAAAUAAGGACUGCAGUCUGAAGCCUGAUAUAAAAGAUUUAUAUUUCCCAGAAGACUUUGUAACGGAAAAAGGGAAAACCGAUUUCGAUGUGAACAUACCGGACGAAGGGAAAGAGGAAUGUUGUGAAAACAAGUACAGUUUUUUGUUUGAUUUAUAUGAAUGUCAAGAAUAUUUACCUCAUCAAAAUUUUAGUAUUUGAUAGUAUAUUGUAUUUUCUUGUACAAUUUUGAGAAUUAGCUAGAAAUGUGAAUAUUUAUUUAUACCACGUAAAGACGAAUCUCCACGGGACUUUUUUUUACGACGAUCGUCAUCAAUACUCGAAUUUGAUUGGUCGCGAUUUUCGUCAUGACGAGAAGUUGAAUUGGUUUCUACUUUCCGUCACAAAAAUCGUCGUGACUAUCGUCCAGUGGAGAUUCGGCUUAAGAGCGCGUGUGUCUUAUUAGUAAGCGGGCGUUUCAAUGAGCUCCAAACUUUCUGCUUUAUGGAAAGAGAUUUUGGUGGGAAUUUAAUUUAUGGGCUGAUUUGUAUAUAUUUUAAUAUUAAGAGACAAAAAAACAAAAAAAAAUCUCUAUAAA